AUGAUUGCCAAAAUUUUCUUCUUUUUUAUGUUCAUUUUGUAUUCCUCCGUGAGGGCAUCUGACCCCCCCAAGAAUGAUGGAAUUGUUCAUGUGAUUACAAAGAACAUCGACCUGAAACAACUCCAAGGAACCUUUUAUGAAAUUUCAACGAACGCUUCUGAUAAAAUAUUCCCAGGAUUAUUAUGCAGAUGCACCAAGUACGAUUUCUCAGGCCUAAAAAGAGAUGGCAACAUAAGUUACAUUUUGGUGAACUUCUCCUGUGACAGAAACUACCUCUUCGGAGAACAGAAAUCCGAAAUGACCUUCAAAUUAAUUUUAAACAAACCAAUUGAUGAGAACACCACCACCGUCGAAGAAUUCAACGCCAGCAUCUACUUAGUUGAAGGAAACCAACAAAUCCUACUGAACAAUAAUGUAAACAUUAUAUAUGCUGAGGCCAACGAACAAAAUGAAUACGAACACAUUAUCAUCGCUGGACAAAAAUCUACCGAACCAAUGAUCAUCAUGUCCAAGUACAGAACCGUCUUGCUCGAAACAUACAACAAAUUAUUGAACUCCCUCUACUUGGCUGGAUAUGAACCAUCCCUCCUCAGCUGGCCAUUUAUCAUCCAGACCGAUCAGACCUUCUGUGACUAA